AUGGCUGAGGUGAAAUCAGCUGUGUGGGAUUAUGAUAGUUAUAAAAGUCCGGGCCCAGACGGGAUUAAUUUUGGUUUCAUUAAAGAUUUCUGGGCUGAGUUACGGGGUGACAUUAUGCGUUUUCUUUCUGAUUUUCAUCGUAAUGUGGGAAGCUUGUAUAAAAUUUUGGCGAAGGUGUUAGCGAAUAGGUUGCAUUUAGUGAUCGGUAGUGUGAUUUCUGAGUCUCAGACGGCGUUUGUGAAAGAUAGGCAAAUCCUCGAUGGCAUACUCAUUGCAAACGAGGUGGUGGAUGAGGCGCGGAAGUCUAAGAAGGAGCUUAUGUUGUUUAAGGUAGAUUUUGAGAAGGCCUAUGAUUUAGUGGACUUGGGCUAUCUGGAUGAGGUUAUGGGGAGAAUGUCUUUUCCGACCCUGUGGAGGAAGUGGAUUCGAGAGUGUGUAUGUACGGCUACGACAUCAGUGUUAGUUAAUGGUAGUCCGACUGAUGAAUUUCCUCUCCAGCGGGGCCUUAGGCAAGAGUAUAGUAUUGGUGAGCAAGGUUCGAUGACGGUGUCACACCUUCAGUUUGCAGAUGACACUCUUUUGUCAGGGGUUAAAAGUUGGGCUAAUGUUCGGGCUUUGCGAGCUGUCCUUGUGCUUUUUGAGACUAUGUCGGGCCUGAAAGUCAAUUUUAAUAAAAGCAUGUUGGUUGGAGUUAAUAUUCCGGAUACUUGGUUAGGCGAAGCGGCGUCUGCUCUGUGUUGUAAGGAGAGUGGAGGUUUGGGGGUCAGGAGGGUGAGGGAGUUUAACCAGGCUCUUUUAGGUAAAUGGUGUUGGAGGAUGCUAGUGGACCGAGAGGGGUUGUGGUUUAGAGUGCUGGCUGCUCGUUAUGGGAUUGAGGGAGGUAGACUUCGAGAUGGAGGUAGGAGAGGGUCAUCGUGGUGGAGGGAGAUUGCGCGUAUUAGGGAUGGAGGGAGUGAGACAGGGGGCAGUUGGUUUGGGGAGCAGGUUGUGAAGAGGGUGGGGGACGGAUCAGAUACUUUUUUCUGGACCGAUCCCUGGGUGGAUGGGUUUCCUUUGUGUCAGCGGUUUGAACGUCUGUUUGAGUUGACAGAGACCAAAUCGCGUACGGUGGCAGAGAUGUUUGCGUUAGGGUGGGGUGAGGGUGGCGAGGCGUGGGAGUGGCGGAGGCAGUUGAGGGCAUGGGAGGAGGAGAUGUUGGGGGAGUGUCAGUCUUUACUUCUUAAUAUUUUCUCGCAGGCUCAUUCUAUUGAUAGGUGGCAUUGGCGCCCAGAUCCUGCUACAGGUUACUCUGUUAUAGGAGCAUAUAAGCUUCUUACUUCUCAUUUAACUAUGAUGAGUCACAUACAGACACAGACCUAUAAUGAUUUGCGGCUAUGA